CUCCCCCUUCGCCGAUUUAAAAUGCUGGGAUGGAGCUGAAGUUUUACCUCAGCUUUUAUAGAUCUGACGAACUCUUAAAUAAAGCUUAAGGAUGUUUAGCUUGAACUUUUAAAUCAAUGCAUCAAUGCCGACGCCUAUGUGGAAAUCUCCCGUGUAAAUUCACUCAGUUGUACAAUGACAGUCUUUCAGUUGGAUGAUUUUUUAGCAGGAUGGAUUGGAGGAGCAUCCAGCGUGAUCGUAGGUCAUCCACUUGACACAGUCAAGACUCGCUUACAAGCUGGCAAAGGAUACAAGAAUACUUUCCACUGUGUUGUUACAAUCUACAAAAAGGAAAAUGUUACAGGCUUUUUCAAAGGGCUGUCCUUUCCACUGGCUAGCAUCACGCUUUAUAACUCUAUGGUAUUCGGCUUCUUCAGCAACACACAGCGCCUCAUUAGCAAAUACCGUUACGGUGAUGGUAGACACCCAUGCAGCAUGCUGGACUUGACUGUAGCGAGCAUGCUGACUGGUCUGGUAUCAGUGGGGUUCGGGGCCCCUGUUGACCUUGUCAAAAUUAGACUGCAAAUGCAAACUCAACCUGUUCUUGCAGAGAACUUUAACCUUGCUGGGAAUGGGAGCGUCCCUCUUCGGUCAAUGGGAAUUCAGAGCCAGUCGUUGUACAGAGGGCCUCUACACUGCAUUAGUACAGUCCUGCAGAACGAGGGCAUUCAAGGGCUCUACAGAGGAGCGGGAGCUAUGCUACUGCGGGAUAUACCUGGUUAUGCUCUGUAUUUCAUACCGUACUCGCUGUUCUGUAACUGGCUGAAUCCUGAUGACAAUAGCUCACCUCAUCCAUGCUGCAUAUGGCUAGCAGGAGGUUUAGCAGGAUCAAUCUCAUGGGUCACUGCAACACCAGCCGACGUGGUGAAAAGUCGCUUGCAGGCAAAUGCAAAAUACAAGGGCAUUUUGCAUUGUAUCAUGCAAAGUUACAGAACAGAGGGAAUACAUGUUUUCUUUCGUGGAGCGACUGUAAACGCUAUCAGAGGAUUUCCGAUGUGCGCAACCAUGUUUCUUGGUUACGAGCUUUCCCUCCAGUUUUUCCGCAGUUUUUAACACAGACUCGUGCUGAAAAUAUGCUAAUGCACAUUAUAAGCUCUUAGAAAUUAUAAUAGAGCAUCGAUGGUUUAAUAACAAGUAGAAACUUACAUGUGACAUUUAUGUGAGUUCAUUGUUGAUACAGUGAAGAGUAUCAGUGAAGCUUUUAAGUGUUUCUUAUAUUAAGAAAUUGUUUAAAAUAGGUAUGUAUUUUCAAUAUAUAUAUAUAUAUAUAUAUAUGUAAGAUAUUUUAAUAUAUGAUUAUGCAUCAUCUGCAUGUGAAUGAUAUACAAUUUUUUUUUCUCAAAAAAUACCUUUCCUAUUUCAUCAGCAUAUAUUCGGCAUUCAAACAUGGUCACUAUCAUGCAUUAUUUGCUUACAAAUUAUUGCUUGAAUGCAUUUUUAUGUAAUUUUUUCCACUAUAGGCUUUUAGUGCAGCAUGCUUUUAAAAUGAUUAUCUGCUAUGAAGUAAAUAUGUGAAUAAAUCAAGUGGUAUAGUGGACCUGUAA